GCCCAAUGCAGACAAACGGCCCUUCAGUGCACAGCCCAAACCAAACCCUUCCAAUCGCAAUGCCGAAGUCAGGAUUGAAAACCUAAUUCAUCUUCCCCUUCCGCCUUAACCUUUCCUCGCUCACUCCCUUUCCCCGCCUCCGCUCUCCACCCUCUGGCUCGUGCCCGGCCAUCUCCGAUCGACGCUCGCCCUUAUCCCCUCAGUCACUUCGUUUUUCUUUUUCGAUUCGAGUAUCGUCCCCGCUGAUCCGGUUUUCGGUUUCAGAGUCACCAAUCCAGACGAGAGAUCUCGGUAAAUCCUUCAUUUUUCGAAUCUCAAGUGUUUUCUUUUUUCGAUUCAUUUCAGUUUCACCUGUUGCUGGAGAUUGUACCGUGCUUGCUCUUUGGACCAAUCUGUUUUACUGAGUCGCAGCCGGCCGAGCUGUUUGGCUAUAGUACUGCCAAUCAGUAAGUUCAAUACGGCUGCUUACAUUUAGUUAGGGGCGCAAAAACCAGCUCUUCGCUGUAAUAGAUUGAACAGUGCGAGAUUGAUCGUGCCCUGAAAUUUUUUCCCCCGGUCAUUCGAGUAGGGUAUUUUCAGAGACUGAGUGAAGAAUAGGCAACGGGGAAUGUAAAUUCUUUUGCGGAUUAGGAUUUUUGUUACCCUUCGCUACAAUUUGUUCAUUUGUUGUUUACAGUAAUAUAUUUUUCGGCAUUUCAUUGAACAUUGUGCUUUAACCGUUAGCUGGCAGAGUGUUGAACAUAAGGAAUGCUCAAAUAUAUGAUAUAAUCAUGAUACUUGAUAUAGUUCACAUUGGAAGGAAUCCUCUUGAAUGUGUGGAAUUUGGGAAAUGCUAAAUUCUACCAAGGAGAAGAAUAUAACCGUCAAAUUCUUCUGACUGCGGUGCCUACUGAGUCGCAGCCGGCCGAGCUGUUUGGCUAUAGUACUGCCAAUCAGUAAGUUCAUACGGCUGCGUACAUUUAGCUAGGCGCGCAAAAACCAGCUCUUCACUGUGGUAGAUUGAACAGUGCAAGAUUGAUUGUGCCCUGAAAUUUGUUAUCCUUUAGAACCCUCAUAAGAUUAGGAUUUUAAGAAAUCGAAGUGAAGACUAGGCAAAGUAGUGUGUAACUUUUGGCAGAUCAGGAUUUCUGCUACCCUGAUUUGUUCAACUUUUGCUUAUUAUAUCCAGUUUUUCCACAUUUCAUCUAACAUUGUGCUUUAAAAAUAAGCAGAAUUUUGAGCAUCAGGAAUGCUCAAAUGUAUUAUUUACUCAUCAGUUCUGAGUUGCAUGAUACGUUAUAUAGUUCCAAUUGAAGGAAUCCUCUUGAAUGUGUGGAAGUUGAGAGAUGCAAACUUCUACAAAUGAGAAGAAUAUGAUCGUCAAAUACGUUGUUCUAUACUGCUUGCAUGAUUUAAAUUCCUAGGGCUGCCAUGUCUUCUUCUGAAAUUCUUUUUCUUUGUAUUAUUAUUAGUUCCUAAUUUGAAUCAAUGCUUUAUCUAUUUUUGAAAUGAAUGGGCACGACAGGGGAGUGAAAGAUGCCGCUUUAUGACUGUGUGCUUUUGUUCAAGCCUCAUGUAAAGAAAGAACCGAUCAUGGACUUGGUGGCUCGAAUAGGAAAACACAUUUGCAGUAGGAAUGGUGUAAUCACGGAGAUGAAAUCAUUUGGGACCAUCCACCUUGGUUAUGGCAUCAAGAAGCUUGAUGGAAGAUUUUAUAAGGGCCAGCUGAUGCAGAUGACGAUGAUGGCGACACCAAACAUGAACAAGGAGCUGCAUUACCUGAACAAGGAAGAUCGCUUGCUGAGGUGGCUUCUCACCAAACACCGAGAUACAGAUUGUCUACAGGACGCCGAUUGUCGUUUGGAGUAUAGUAGAACUGUACCAAAGGCGGAGAGAAACUCUCGCCGUGGCCUGAUUCAUUACGUUCACGAGAAUGAUGCAGAUAAAGAUGAUUAUGACACUGAGGACGAUCAUGAUACUGACCAAGUCGAGAGUAGACCACUACGAUGAGCAGAAUAUGGGGAUUGUGUGCAUAUCUCGGUCUCCUUCUCGCAUUACGAUUGCCAAUGGCUGUGUUUCUCUUUCGAUGUUAUUGUUUGUGAUCUGCCCUCUCAAAAACUCAUCGGAGAACACAUGGCUUUGUCGAACUAAUAGAUUCGAGUAUACCAAUGUUUGGACGAUGGUAGUGAUGGCUACAUCAAUAAGGCAUCAUUGAUAGACCUGUUACUAGUUCGCUCAAUUUUUGUAGUUGAAAGAUGAAUUUUAGUUUCCUGCACAAACGCCAAUUUUUUUUAUUGAUUUGGAUUGUAAUGUUUUUGAGUUUAAUACAAUUACUAGUUCUUAUUGCCUGCUCUCCCUAUCAGGAUAUGGGAUUAUUAAAACGUACUUAUUUGGACAUCAAAAUGCCAAGGUUCUGAAAACCGUAUCUGAGAUUAUACCGGAAAACUUAAUGGUAGGGUAUUUUGUACUAAAAUCAUAGUUUAACGAUAAUCGAAUCGUUUUCUACUGCUAAAAUUGUCUAUCAUUUUGGGUCUGGUAUCCGGUCGGACUAGCCGGUAUUAUAGGGUUUUCUAAACCUUGCGAAAAUACACAUGAGGGGAUGAAAACAUUAAGCACGAAAAUAAGUAGCAUAAUGACUUCCAAAAUACACAUCAAAUGCCUGUGAAUAUCAUAAAGGUAAAAUAAUUACAAUGAUACUUUCAAAACAUUAUAAGCAAGGUUAUUUGAGAAGCUUGAUAAAAUAAGUACAACUUAGCUUGAUAACUAAAGAAAACAAAAUUUGGAAAAUAUAUAUAUAAGUGAAAAUACAAAACAAUUGGGAAUUGAUCAAAUCAUCUGUAUUGAUACUGGAUAUUGUACAACUUGUCACGUGGUCUCCCUCUAACCUCAGCCUACGCCAAAUUUCCAAUCAAUAUUUAAACAACAAUAAGCCACCAGAAAUAAAAGAGAAUGAAAUGAUGGCAUUUAAGCAGCAUAGCUACAUUAUGAGAAGUCAAGCAGAACCAUAAUUGUGGUUUGAUUAAAUCUUCACGAGUUAGGAUUUCAAUUAUCUUAAACUGUUGAAACGUUGAAUUGCCCAGAGUAAGUGAAAGAUCCAACUGAUAUUUAAUGAAGGAAUCCUAGGACGAUUAAAUCAUCAUACAAAAUCACCCAAGACUAAACAUGUUAAACAAAACAGGGACCGCGCAACAGCUUCUUGUAUACUAGAUUGUACCCCGACCCGUUGGCUGGUUGCAAUAUGAUAACAGCAAUGGCCAAACAGAGACAAAAAAAAAAAAAAAAAAGUGAAAUGGGCAAAUGGCUAAGAUGAACAUAUUUAUCAACAAUCUUAUUGAAUUGAGUAAUAGUUCUGCUUCAUAGAAUUGUCUUCAUCGUAAUACAUUUUCUCUACUUGAAUUGAAACUUACAACUUUAAUUAAACCAUGCAAUUUUAAAACCAAAAGUAAUACAUUGUGAGAUGGUAUGCCGUGUGGUUGGACAUAUAUAACAUAUUUAUUACACGUAUUUUAAGGAAUUAAACUGAUAAUUUAUUAUUUUAUUUUUAUUUUUAAAUUAUAUGUUUCUCAAAUUUUAUUAUUGAUAUAAAAAAAUUUAAAUAUU